AUGUCUCCAAAGUAUUCACUACCGCGACUGCAACGGCAGCUUCCUCUUCUCCUCGCAUUCUUCCUCAUCCUCCUGCUGAAUUUGCACACCACACAAGUAGCUGCCAGAGAGAGGAGUUGGCCAGAUCUCCUAGGAGAGGGAAUCCUUCAGAAAGGAGACGAGGAUGACGUGCAAUAUGACCUCGAAGAGGAGGUGGAGGAGGAGGAAGAAGAAGCGGUGGAGGAGCCAGGGCGUGCAACGAAUCCACUCGCGGCUGCCGGCUGGUUAAGACGAGUUCGUGAACGCAUCAGACGAGUUCGUGAACGCAUCGGACGAAUUCUGCGAAGACGCAGAUGCGAAGAAGCACGCUGCCGUCGACCGGCUAGACGCUACCCCAUCUUCACUGUGCCCUUGUAAUUUUCCAUCGACCGAUCUUUUUAUGUCUUACCUUUGUCACUUUCGAACACGCCUUUCCGAAUAAAACGUUCUUCUCGUACGGCAAUCUCCUGUCUUUAGUCAUUUUAGCACACCGCAUGUCUGUGCUUCGGGCCGUAGCUAUCGCCGAAUCAGCAUGGCUAUUUUCAGGUUGUCUGGGAAUCUCUUCGUCAUCUGUCCGCCAUCAUUAGACUUGAUUAUGCAUUUAUCAAUGCCUUCCAUUCAUAAUAUCCCUCUCAACGGUAAUUUCGAAAAGAUGUCAUGCAUCGACGGAAUUCGCAGAGCGCAUCACCGAAUUUUUACCCAGUUGUAGUGCCGAAGGCAUAAACACCGUCAAACCCAUUUUGGGGAUGCAAAGCAAUAUUGGUACUGACGAUGCUAGCGUCUACAGCAUUUGGCUGGACGUGUUACGCUUCUCCAGCAAUCUCAAACCAUUCAGCUGAAUUUUUACUCUCAUUGUGGUCCCAUCCGAGUCUAUUUUGACCUCGAAAAUAUUGGUUCGAUCAGGGCUGAUAUUACAAAUUGUGCUCUGAUUGCUGGCAGAGUAACAAAUUUCAUAACCGCAGAUGGUGCGAACAAACAUCGUCACUGCAUUUAAUGAUGUCGUUGGCCACGGCUUCGAAUUACUAACCCUGUCACCUCACUCGGAGAGCGACGAUUUAUUCAUGACGGUUAUGGUUCUACAUAUAGCCCUUACAGCCGGCGAAGGACCAGGUCUGGCAGCAAUGUGGAUAUAUACAUCCGACUGAGAGCUGCAUCUUAAGUGUUUGGUAAUACCGACGAUAGACUAGAAUUCCCAUUCUAUACGUACAUGUCUCUCAUGGAGCCUAGAGCUGUGAAUACAUCCUAGGCACUACGCCCUUCAAAGCAGUUCCCGGGUAGGAAGAGUGGAACCCGGAUGCCAGUUGCAUUCUCUAUGUCAUAAGUUGGAAGUAGGUUAGGGGGGGCGGACGGAAGACGUCUGACAUCACGGGAGUCAGGCGACAGAGCACCCUGAGCGAGGGCAUGGGUGCGUCAGUGAUUGGUUGCAGAUGAGCAGUGUCGCAUCAGACGCCCGCAAAAGUGUUUCUAUAUGCGCACAAAAAGGCGACUCUUUCAGGGCAUCGUUGCAGUUUUCAGUUCUCUAAACGCAGUUGAGUUUUGGCUGUUGACUGAGGGCAAAACUCAGCCCAGUCCUGGCCUGAUAGUCAAGCGACGGUGACACCUUCCCACUCCUCCCUCCCACGCCCUAUUUCAGUGUGCGACUUCCAGGGUUCAGCACCCGCACGUUGACGCUUCAAUCCACACUCCCUGACAGACACAACCAUGGACCAAGAUUUUAACCUACAGCAACAACACCUCAACGGGUCAGAAGGGACGAGGCUGAUUGGACAGCCAUGCUCACAUCCUCCGUACCCAACCGGAGCGCAAGCGCACUCGCCGACCAGGAACCAGGCGCGGGGAAACUGUCAGCGCAUACUAGGCUGCGAGGACCAUGGUUUGCUGAUCUUGACAAAGCAGACGCUUACGGACCUCUAGGCUAGUGUCGUCAUACACACCGCGUCAAAACGAUAGGCAACGAAUUUAUUCGUCCUUACAUGUCUGCAUUGUGUAAAGUCCAGGGUCAGUAAACAGAUAACGACCGGGAAAAGACAGUCAUGCAGAACUUGGAACACCAAACAGACAAACAGCGGACGAACAACUCAACGGAAGAGGUAAACUGCCGACAGACCAAACACAACCCUGUGGCGGCACAUCCACCUAGCACUGAAUUGAUGACUCAUAAUGCACGCAGCACGCCUCCAAGCAUCCCCCAUAUAGCCGCGGACGCGAAAAGGGAAAAAAUCGAUCAGGAGAAGUCCGACUGUCUCGGGCAGUCAUUGGCGCUUCGUGCAUUUGGUGUUCUUUUUGGCUACGUGUCCCGAAACGGCAGUAUUUCAAUAAAUGAGUCCUGAUGAACACUUUGUCCGUCUAAAAAUACGGUUUGCUCAUUGUUUAAAUGUGUGAAUCUUCACAAUUUUCAUGAGACCGAAUAUGCUACAAGCAUGCCCUUCCAUCGUCUGAGAUGUCACUACUGCAUACCUUGCAUCUAGUCCGUGGGUAGGGUAGAACAGACGCCGGUGUUCGAGAUGUCCUGAAGUAUUUUGAAGCACCACAUUUAUGGGUCACCAGAAUAUUGAAAACCACAUGUAACCUCAAUCAGCCGAAUCCUCUCACCACAGACUCAACAAUCGCGGAGAGGAUUAUUGUGACAUGACACCUACCGAAAUGGACUUCGGAAUGGUUGUUUUAGUUGACGUUGGUUUCCUCCAAAGGAAGACAGAUCGGUUACGGUCAUUGACUGUGCUAGAUUAAUGAGCAAAUUAGAAUUAGAUAAACGGCGCCUCAAACAGUGACAAGAUAACUAUGAUGGUUCACACUGCGCCUAUUUCUGUUUGUUGCACUCACAACAGUGAGAAACUCGUGGUGAAAUAUCCGGUUUUAAUUGUAUGGGCUCAGAAGCUUCUUACCCAUUCCAUCUCCAGAACGAAAAUCAAAACAGUCAUUGAGAUGUUUGGUUGAAGAAGUACCUCUAACCAGCUGGGUCUGUAUGGCCUAUGUGUAGCUCUAUGGGCUAUAUGGUCCCAUAUUUAGCGGCAGUGGGUAGCUGAUAUUUCGGGCGACGGACGUAAUGUUCAGCGAUGAUAUAAAGUGUCCUGCCAGUUGUACGUUUCCCAGUAAUGAUCUUCUUAUCGACAUUGAGAUUUCAGCUGCCAUAUUGUGUCUACCAGAGGAGAGGAAAUUUCUGUUAUGACAGAGGGUAGAAAAGGCACUGAUCCCUGUCAGAUAGUGGGGCUACCGCAUGGUUUAUAGGCCGGGUUAUUUACUUUGGGGAACAAGUGUGCUUGAAGUAAGUAACUUUCGAUAUUUAUUUGUAUGUGCCAGAGAGAGAGAGAGAGAGAGAGAGAGAGUGAGUGAGUGAGUGAGUGAGUGAGUGAGUGAGUGAGUGAGUGAGUGAUAAAUGGGCUCCGCUGUGGUUGUUGCGUGAGGGUGAGUUUCUUUCACGUAUUUAUCGGACUAAAAAUACGACAGUGUAAUACCUUUUUGACAAUACCAGCAAACGGGCAGUAAAUCCAUUUAUUAUUAUCACUAAGUUGUAAAAUAUAGUGUCCACUUUAAAUUGGUGGCGAUGGGGAGUAUCAAAAUCUGAGGUGCCACAAAACUCUUAGAUGUCUUGCUCUUUUGCUCAACACAAAUACUCCCCGGGGUAUGUAAGCUCGGCCAUACGCCACAACCUUAUCGAUUUUUGAUUUGUCAACAAUGUAAUUGUCGAGAUGAAAGUAUUGGCUGGGCCGUCAGAUGCGUGCAUGUAUAACACUUGUAAUGGGAAUAUUGAGUAUCUAAUCCCAUAAGAAAGUUAGCAAAUGUCGUGCGCUUGGAAUCAGCAUCAACAAAAAUUACAGGACACAUUGCACCAACCAACGCGUAGAAAUGCGAGGCCUCCCUGAUCGUUUUGCUGAAACAAGUCAGUUCUCUGGAUGACCCUCGCCAACACACUACCUGAACUCGUUAAUUGGAUGGCAUCGUUGAGAGAAACUUCCCUCCUACCACGAAUUCCGCAAGUGCAUCGGCACGUGCAUCGGCGAACACGUGAACCAGUGCACUUGUAAGCCAGUCCAUACCAAAACCGCCAACUCCACAAUAAAUAAUUGCCAUCUCGUGGGUGGACACCAUCUGUUUAUUCUACUGCCCACACCAACUGACCAAAAAAUUAUAAAAGUCAGUAUACAUCAAGGAACUGCCUCAUACCAGUGCACAGCGAACAUGUCUGCAAUUCAUUCACUGCUACCACUUCAACGACAGCUUCCUCUUCUCCUCGUGUUCUUCCUCAUCCUCCUGCUGAAUGUCCACACUACGCAAGCAGCUGCCAGAGAGAGGAUUUGGCCAGAUCGCCUAGAAGAGGGAAUCCUCCCGAGAGGAGUCGAGGAUGACGUGCAAUAUGACCUUGAGGAUGAGGAGUGGGAGGAAGAAGUGGAGGAGCCAGGACGCGCAGCGAAUCCACUCACGGCAGCCGGCUGGUGGAGACGAGUUCGUGAACGCAUCAGUAGAGCCCUACGAGGACGCCUACCCGUAGUUAUACGUCGUCGUCCUCCGCCACCUAGACCUUAA